CCCAGCAUCAAGUAAAUACAGUUAGUUUUCUAUUUUACUUUCAGCUUGAGACGUUAUGUCCUAUAGACCUUGUACUUGGAGGACCGCCAUGCAAUGAUUUAUCUAUCGUAAAUCCAGCCAGGAAAGGAUUCAAUGGGACAGGAAUACUGGUGCUGAAGUUUCUGUCCAUACUGAAGGACAUUGAGGCCCUGUGUAGAGGAAAAAGUCAUGUAUUUUGGUUGUUGGAGAAUACAGGCUCAAUGCUUACUGAGUACAAAGAGGUCAUUUGUAAAAUGCUUGGGAUGGAACCAGCUGUGUGGGAUGCUAAACACUUUACUGGACAGAAACGAGCGAGAAAUUUCUGGGGCAAUAUCCCAGGAAUGUACAGUACAGCCCAGUAUUGUAGACAUCUUGACAGGGAUAAGAAAGAUCUUGACUCGGCCCUCAUAUCCAACUGUAAUAGAAAAGCUCGGGUGUCUCACAGUCGCACUAUCACAACAUCACGAAACUCGCUGACCGUUACAAAUGGCUUUAAUGAUGCACUGGUUUGUAUGAAUGGAGAAGAGGACCACAUCUGGGUGCAAGAAGUAGAGAGGUUGUUUGGAUUUCCUACACAUUAUACAGAUGUUGGUUACCUGACACAUGAGCGUAGAAGGAAACUUCUUGGAAAAUCCUGGAGUGUACCAGUUAUCAAACACCUUCUUUCACCUUUAAAACAGUAUUUCAAAGUCAAGGACAAAAAGGAAGAUGUGCGGAAUCCAUGAUUAAACAGCUAAAAGAAUGUAGACUUGUUUAUAAGCCAAACCGGACUGAAUUACAUGCUGGUGUUUUGGCGUUGAUGCCAUUUUCUUGUUGAAAUGACUAAAUUGUAUGUUGCUGUUUUGAUGUUAAUGUCACUUUGUUUUUCAAACUAAGAAUGAUGCGAAAGCUUAAUAAUCGUUAUUGUCAUGUUCCCUGAAAUAAUUUUCCACAGUGCAUUAAUCUGAAUUCCAUCCAUCCUUUUUCUAGUGUAACUGUGAAUUACCAAUGAUUUCAUCAUAUGUGGCAUUUAUAAUUAGCACAAAUGCCCAAAAAUAAUUGCACAUGGUUUUCUAGAUGUAUUGGUUUUCUGCUUUC